CAGGGAUGUCUUUGAAAAGCAUUGGACUGGAGCUCCGUUGUCAGUGCAUUAAAAAAGAAUCCAGAUUCAUCCAUCCCAGGCAGAUCCAGAAUGUAGAGCUCUUCCCCAGUGGACCGCACUGCAAGGAUGCUGAAGUCAUUGCAACUAUGAAAUCUGGUCAUCACAUUUGCUUGGACCCAAAUGCCCCUUGGGUCAAGAUAGUUAUUGAGAGAAUUUUGAAAAGCUCUCAGGUCUGAAGACUGCAGUGGAAAUUGAGAAGAACAGAAAUAAUCUGAAGUCACCCUCAUAGAUUACCGAUUUAACCACUUGCUUGUUUAUCAGUGUGUUUAUUUAUGUGUUUAUCAUGUAUUUAUUUGUCAAUGU